AUGGCUCAACCGUCCCCUGUCGAGGCACAGGUUGCAGUAACCCAGGUCCCCGAGCUAGGCCCUGACGUCUUUACAAAUGAGCACAAGGCGGACGUACCGUCCCCGGAAGCCUGCUGGUUUCGCAGCGACAUUUGCGUUUACAUCGCCAUGAUUUCGUUCCAGAAGCGGAGCACACCGGCGAGCAAUGUUUUCACCUACGGCCUUCGCAUGCCCAAAAUCGAGGUGGAACCAGAAGACAUUCCGAUAGAGGCGGUUGCGCAACUCAAUGAUUCACAAGUGAACCAAGCCGGGGAAGUCUUGCAGUCGUCCAAGCCCGUGGAGGAGCCCUUCGAUUGGCGACCCAUCGGCAUUCUGGUCGGAAACAACCCGACCGCAUUCCGUCUACGCGGAUUCGUGCGAGCGCAGCCCCUCUCGGCGACUCCGGCUUCAGCUCAUCUCGCUGCGCUGGCCUAUGCUUCCGACGAAAAGUUUUUAGGGGUGGCGCUUCAUGCGAAUCCGGAUGCGGCCGGCAAGGGAGGCCGGAAUGUCGGGAUGGUCACUAGCCUCACCCAUAACAUCUCGUUCCACGACCCGACGGCGCGUGCGGAUCGGUGGAUGGUUGCUGAGCGGAAGACUACCUGGGGUGCGGAUGAAAGGGUGAAUGUCCAGCAGCUCCUCUGGGAUAGGGGGAGUGGUCGCUUGCUUAUGACUGUGCAGCAGGAGGCGCUGGUGAGGCUGAGGAAUGGUAGACUGUGA